GCUCCCUCCGUCAAAAUCCGCCCUCUGUCUCACGGAGAGGACUUUAAACACAUCUUUAUACUUUAAUAUAAACUCAGGGUUUGUUUAUGUGAGCUCUUCUGGUGUUCAGGUGUUUUCCUGACGGGGGUCGCGCGCUUCAGGAGGAGUUUACCUGCAGAGAGUUCAGAUGCAGCGUAAACAGGAAGCUGAUGGAUGUGAGGAGGAGGAUCAAUGAUGCUGCCCGCUGCCACACAACCAGCAACACACAGUCACGUGAGGCAGCUGAGCAGAUUUCACCUGAACACUCCUGAGGAGGACGAUGAGACCAUGAGCUCCGAGGACCCAAACCUUCACCCUGUCUCCUCCCAUCGGGACCCAAACCCUCACCCCCAUCGGGACCAUGACCUUCACCCUGUCUCCUCCCAUCGGGACCAUACCCCUCACCCUGUCUCCUCCCAUCGGGACCCAAACCCUCACCCCCAUCGGGACCAUGACCCUCACCCUGUCUCCUUCCAUCGGGACCAUAACCCUCACCUUGUCUCCCCCCAUCGGGACCCAAACCCUCACCCUGUGUCCUCCCAUCGGGACCCAAACCCUCACCCCCAUCGGGACCCAAACCCUCACCCUGUCUCCCCCCAUCGGGACCCAAACCCUCACCCUGUCUGCCCCCAUCGGGACCCUCACCCUGUCUCCCCCGGUUCCUCCCUCUCCAGCACCCAGAGGCAGGACCUGAAACACAGCCUCCCCCCUGCUGGUUUCUGCUGCUACCAGCCCCCCGGAUACAGCCUCAGCCAGCCCACGCCCUUCCCCAGCCAGACGCCCCCCGCCGACGCCUGGCUGCACCCCAGUUUCUCCAGCAGCUGGUCGGGGGGGUACCCCAGCAGCGGCUCCUCCCCAGCAGAGAGCUUCCUGUCUGGGUACAAGUUGGUGUCCAGCAGCCUGGAGCAGCCUCUGUCUCUGUGCUCCAACCCCCCCUCUGGGAACCUGUUCCACCACACGCUGUCUCCGUACUCCUGCGCUCCACCGGGGGCCGCCUGCUUCGCCCAGUUACCCCCCGACCCCUUCAGGGGCCCCAAACCCUGGCCCCCCCAUCAACACCCUGCAUAUAACCCCUACUACCCUGACGCCGGCAGACCUCCUGGAGCCGGAUUCUCUCACAUAGACUACAUGGCCCCCGCUAAACAGAAGCAGCCUCACAGCACGCCGCUGUCUCUGGAGCAGAGGAGGGUCUUCGUCACGUAUGAAGCGGACAACGAUAAACACGUGAACGAGAUCAUAAACUUCGUGGCUCUGCUGCGACACAACGGCUUCGACACACACAUCGAUAUCUUUGAGCAGCAGUUCAGGAGCAUCAGUAAGAUCGACUUCAUGGAGCGCUACCUCAGUGAGAAAGAGUACCUGAUCAUCAUCAUCAUCAGUCCCAAAUACUACGAGACGGUGACGUCCUCAGUGGGGGGGCUGGAGAGCGACGAGAGGACCUUUAACACCGUCUACAUCCACAAACAGCUCCAGAAUGAGUUCAUCCAGAACGGCAGCAAGAACUUCAGGUUUAUUCCCAUCGUGUUCCCCGGGGCGAAAAAGUGUCACGUCCCGAACUGGCUGCAGAACACACAUGUUUACGAAUGGCCACUGCACCGCGACGACAUCCUGCGGCGUCUGAUGAGGAUCGAGAAGUACAACCCUCCUCAGAUCGGAUCGCUGCCCACCAUCGUCUCCAUCCCGAUCUGACAUCAAGCCCCCAGGUAGUGCUCCGGACUCUGAGGAAAACAUUCCUAGUGGCCAAACGGCGGUACUACAGCUUCCGUAUCAGUCCGUGACGUCCCUGGGCCCAGAAAUACUUUUUCCCAUUGACUAACAUGGGGAAAGAGACGUCUGUAAAUCAGUGGAUCAUUUAAAAAACAUUACAUUAGAAACAUUAGGUCCUAAGAGUUGUAAAAUGACCUAAAAGCUGAAUCCAGAUUUAUUUUCUCUCUUCAUUCAUUCUACUGAGCCGAGAGCAGGAGAUCGGGGGCGGGGCUUAAGGGAAAACGUACCUCCGCCUGCUCUAUAAACCACAUACAGGUACUUCUGCUCUGACACCAAGGCAUGAUGGGUAAUCUGUGACAUUUUGCUCUUGAAAAUGUCAGGCCAUUUUGUCCUCAUGAGCCAAUGAGCAGCUCUCAUAGGAAAGAACAAGCCCCGCCUCCAACGCUGUAUCCAGUUCUUAUUGUACAUCCAUGAUCUGACCCUGAGACUCAGAAACUCUCUUCUUCCUGGAGAAACACCAGCCGCGAAUCACGAUGAGAUUAACGGAGAGACACGAGCAGCAGGAGGUUUUUAUUUGAGUGUGAAUGUGCUGAACUCUCACCUGGAGGUUACGUAAGUGUAAUUAUUGGCUGUCAUUCCACAUCAGUCACAGAGAAGAUCCAGCGCUGAGGAGAGUGGAGCUGCAACAUGCAAAAUACUUUCUGGACCGUUUACACAAUGCAUUUCUGACUUUUAUCCACAUACUUUUUUAGUCAUUUUCACAUGUUUUGCUCACAUUUUUCAUAUAUUUAUUUCCUUUUUUUGGGUCGCCUAUUCUGAAAAACCCACUUCUUCAUGUCUCUUCUACAUGAACAUGUGUCCCCUCUGUGUUCAGAGUGUCUGAAAGUCUCAGGAACAAAGACCCCCUCUCUUUUUCCUCUCCUGAUCCAUCGAGAUAAAAAAACUGUCUGAAAAUGAUCUGAUCAGAUUUUGGUCACUUUGUGAUGUCACAAUGUUUUUUUGGGUUGUGCAACCAUUAGCCAAUCAGCAACCUUAUCACCUGAAUUGACUUUUCCGACACAUUUUUUGGAAACACUCAUCAAAAGUAGUUCAGAAAUAAUUGCAAAAACUAUUUCGGACAAUCAAUUAUUCACGUUUUUGAUGCUGUGGGACAGGCACGGACAUUUUCCACAUAUUUGUAGGACUUUUUUUGCAUACAUUUUCGACCAAUCGGAAGUUGCUCGACAGGAAACCUAUAAAAACUGUUUUGAAAAGACACUGGGAUGUAAAAUGUUUUUCUAUUUUAUAAUGAAAUAAUUGUUAGUUUAAAACACACUGAGGUGUUUCUCACCUUUACAUCCAUCCUUAUGUUUACAGAUUAUGAUGCAUGAUCCAAAGGGUUUGAACACAAUGAGUGUAAAUGCAGGUUUUAAAAACGUGUGAAAGAUCUGAUGAAUGUGUAUUUGCAGAAUGAGGAGUAAACAGAGGUUUCAUCUUUCUUAUUGCAAACAUCCAGAGUUACUGUUGUAUUUUAAAAUAAUAAAAAUACUGAAAAAGGAAUAAACGUUUAUAUUUU